CCGCCGCCACCGGCGGGGCCUCUGCCCGCCGCCACUGAGGCCCGCGGCCGUCUCGGAUGCGGCCUCGUCCUGCGCGGCGGCCCAGGCGGCGCCUCGGCCAGGCCCUCCCCGACCUGCGCCCGCGCGGAGGGCAGGAGCCGCCGCCGCGCCCCGCGUAGCCCCGGCCCUCGGCUGCCUGGCGCCCGGCCCGCCGUCCCCGGCCUGCUCUGGCCUCUCCUCCCCCAGGUCAAAGAGGAGGGAUGUCCGCUGCCGCCUCCGCUGAAAUGAUUGAAACCCCCCCGGUCCUCAAUUUCGAAGAAAUCGACUAUAAAGAAAUCGAGGUGGAAGAGGUUGUUGGAAGAGGAGCCUUUGGUGUGGUGUGCAAGGCAAAAUGGCGAGCUAAAGAUGUAGCCAUUAAACAAAUAGAAAGUGAAUCUGAAAGAAAAGCCUUCAUUGUAGAGCUUCGACAACUGUCACGAGUAAACCAUCCCAAUAUUGUCAAGUUAUAUGGAGCCUGCCUGAACCCAGUGUGUCUUGUUAUGGAGUAUGCUGAAGGAGGUUCUCUGUACAAUGUGCUGCAUGGUGCUGAACCUCUGCCUCAUUAUACUGCUGCACAUGCCAUGAGUUGGUGUUUACAGUGUUCUCAAGGAGUGGCAUAUCUCCACAGUAUGAAACCAAAGGCUCUCAUUCACAGAGACCUGAAACCACCAAAUUUGCUCUUGGUAGCUGGGGGGACAGUGCUAAAAAUCUGUGAUUUUGGUACAGCCUGUGAUAUUCAAACACACAUGACCAACAAUAAGGGAAGUGCUGCUUGGAUGGCACCUGAAGUUUUUGAAGGUAGCAAUUACAGUGAAAAAUGUGACGUUUUCAGUUGGGGUAUUAUUCUCUGGGAGGUAAUCACACGUAGGAAACCUUUUGAUGAGAUUGGUGGUCCAGCUUUCCGCAUAAUGUGGGCAGUUCACAAUGGUACUCGGCCACCACUGAUCAAAAACUUACCUAAACCAAUUGAGAGUUUAAUGACCCGUUGUUGGUCCAAGGAUCCUUCACAACGACCAUCCAUGGAGGAAAUUGUUAAAAUAAUGACACAUUUGAUGCGGUACUUUCCAGGAGCUGAUGAACCUCUGCAGUAUCCUUGCCAGUAUUCAGAUGAAGGCCAAAGCAACUCUGCCACUAGUACAGGUUCAUUCAUGGACAUCACUUCUACAAACACAAGUAACAAGAGUGAUGCUAACGUGGAACCAAGUGACUUCCAAGGAGCUUCUACCAAUGACACUAUUAAACGUUUAGAAUCGAAAUUGGCACAGCAAAUGAAAAACACGGCCAAGCAGCCGGGUGAUCCUGGCCGUUUGAGUUUACCCCCAUCUCGUGGGAGCAGCGUGGAGAGUUUAUCAGACGUUCGCACACGACCACAGUCAGCCCUUGUUUCGGGAGAAGCCAAAAGGAUGAGUGCUGACAUGUCUGAAAUAGAAGCAAGAAUAGCUUCCAUCACAGCCUAUUCCAAGCCUAAACGAGGCCAUCGUAAAACUGCUUCAUUUGGCAACAUUCUGGAUGUCCCUGAGAUCAUCAUACCAGCAGGAAACGGACAGCAGAGGCGCAGAUCCAUUCAAGAUCUCAGUGUUGCUGGAACAGAGUCCAGUCAGGAGAGUAGAAACAGCAGUAGAUCAUCAAGUCCUAGUGUGAGAAUGAUCACUACCUCGGGACCAACCUCUGAAAAGCCAACUCGUAAUCCAUGGACACCUGAUGAUGCAGAGACCAAUGGGUCAGAUAACUCCAUCCCAAUGGCAUAUCUUACAUUAGAUCAUCAGUUACAGCCUCUAGCACCGUGCCCAAACUCCAAAGAAUCUAUGGCUGUGUUUGAACAGCACUGCAAAAUGGCACAAGAAUAUAUGAAAGUUCAGACAGAAAUUGCAUUGCUGUUGCAGAGGAAACAAGAACUAAUAGCAGAACUGGACCAGGAUGAAAAAGACCAGCAAAAUACAUCCCGUCUGGUACAAGAACAUAAAAAGCUGUUAGAUGAAAACAAAAGUCUCUCAACUUAUUAUCAACAAUGCAAAAAACAAUUAGAGGUCAUCAGAAAUCAGCAACAGAAACGGCCAGGCACAUCAUGAUUUCCUGGGACCUUUCAAACGAAAAAUAUGCACAGAAAAGACUGAUGUUUUUUUAUUAUUGUUAUAAUUAUCCCUUAUGACAACUCAUGAGUGUUAGCUUCUUGGUGUGAUCUGUAUUUGUCUGCUACACUUAACAUCAUUUAAUUUUCUUUUUCCUAUGGUGGACAUCCAGUUCAACAGGUUGAUCGAAUAAAGGUGAGGAAACAGUGACUUGAAUUUAACCAACAGCCCUCGAUUUAAAGCCAGAAGGGUGGCUGUAUGCAUGCUCCUUGUGUGAAGGCUAGCCUAACAAGUGUUAAAGUGGCUGCUAAAUUGUAAGAUCUUGGCUUUAGUUUUUAAUGUUACCUCCAAAAGAGCAAAACAAAAACUUUCCUGUUUUAAGAAUGCUUUUGUUCCAGUGUCUCAUCUCAGAGUAUUAACAUGACGAUUAUUUUCAGGACUUAAACAUGCACCAAGAUGCAGAGCUGAUGUUGGCUGACCAGAGUAAUUCAUGAUGCGUUAGUAAUGCCUUUUACCUGUAGACAUAAGCAUCCUUGGUUCAGUGCUUGAUCGCCCUGCAUUUUGACUAACAUAGCUCUUGUAAUCUUGCAUUCAUAAAGUAUUUGAAGUAAAAGGCUGUAUUUUCUUUACUUUCUUGGGGGGAAUGACAUGCAGUUGCAUUUAGUUGCUGGGCAAAAGUUCUGAAGGUGAGUCGCUGGUCGAGGUUGGUCCCUUGUAUAAAAGAGAGGAAGAAUCAGAAAUAUGGGAAAGUGUGCUUUAAAAAUUCAGAAAGCAAAUUAAUACCAAACUUUAACUGCUUGCUCCCUUUAUAGCACUUCUUGGGUUUAUUCCUUUCUUGCAAUUUCUUUGCUGAAAAGCGUUUUACCAUAAAUGCAAAUGAGUUUGGUUCAGACAAGGAGAGAGGGGUUUGGGGGACUGAGUUUCCUUUAAAUAGCAAAUUGUGUCAUGGAGAUGGGGAUGCAAAUAGUGGAAGCUAUUAAGAAAAUGAGGGAAAUGGCUUAGGUCUUCAUCAGGAAUCUCAGUCAUUCCACUCAUUGGAACAUAGUUUGAGGGAAGCCCAUCACAGAAUGCCUGCUGCCUUUGUGACUGAAGCUUUGCAUUUAAUGAACUCGGGCAGAACAUGUAAUUAAUUAUCAUUAUUAUUAAGUCAUUAAUUACCAUUAUUACACCGGGGUUGGUAACUACUUGUUUACACUGCGGAUUGUUUGGAUUAGGAACUAACUUUGAACUGGUACAGAAACAAGGCAGUUCUAAAUAUCACGAGAAAGGAUUCCUCACAUAAGCUGUUGGUGCACUCGGUUGUGGGCAGGGCUUUAAUAACACUCAUCUGCAAAAGGAGAAUAGAAAAUUGAAGUUCAGCUGCUGAGCCCUCAAAAUAUGAAAUGAUCUGGAAUAUGACUUAAUGCCUAUUUCCAAGGAAUAAUUAUUCAUAAUAGCCUGUGAGCUGUUGGAAAAAGAGCUGCUUCUUUCCCAUGAAUUUGGAAAAACGUUAAGGUUAAAAACCUCACAGGAUUUUCUCUGCCCCAUCCUGCCAAGCUGAUAAAAAACAUCAAUAAUACCACGCUUCUCUGUGAACAGCAAAGAUGACCAACACUUGACUGAACGGUGUCAUCCUGUCUUGGAAAUAGCUGGCAAACCUUUGGGAGUGAGAAGCCCUACCCUCAUUUCAUUUAAAUAAAGGAAGGGUUAUCAUUCUCAAAACCUUUGCAGAUAAUUUGAUUAGUUAGCUGAAACUGAUCUUGGGAUCAGCUUAAGGUCACACAUAUUUAUAGCAAAAUGUAAUUGGCAGAGAAAAUAACCGUAGUAUUAGGAGUAGCACAAGUUAUCCAAAGCAUUGCCGUGCACAUACAUCUGCCCAUCGACCAAAACAGACACGCUUGCUUGCUUAACACAGGCUGAAGUGCCAAGUACAGCAGCAGAAACACCAAGGCUGGGCUCCAGAUGAGUGGCUGGUGUGAUUCCAUACACAAAGUCAUUUCCCAGGACAGCUUGUACAGUUUGCUUGUCAGAAACCAGACCCAGCUCCAGGUGAAUGAGGAUUGUCUAGGUACACAGUCGCUCUGUGGCACAGUUUGAAUGAGGAGAGUGAAGGCGAUGCCAACUCGAUGGUACAUAAUACAAACAUCUGCACUGACAGUUCCUGAGGGCUUCUCAGGGUUUGCAUUGAAAAAUGUCUCAGACUGUGAAGUAAGUACCGUGCUACCCUUGAGCUCGGCUCCCUUCAAUAGAUAGGGUUUGUAUUGCUCUUUGACCUUUUUUGCCUUCUAAUUGUCUCUGUCUAAAUCUAAAAAAGCAUUUGCCCACAUUUCUCAGUCAAGUCUCUGUGUGGCAAAAUCUGUGUAUCAGCACAAAAUAAACCAACCCAAAACUCUAAAGGUGGAAUGUAGCAGUUUGGGCUAAGAAAAGUUUAACAGCUUAACUUCCAGUGACCUUUAUUAUUUUCAUAAGGUUCUUGUUUUAAAGUUGUUUACAAAUGUACCCUUUUUUCUGUUUGAACUAUCUAGAGUGUUCAGGAUUUUUUUCUUUUUUCAUGUACUCUUUUGUCCAGUUCAAGCUGUUCCUCUAAUAAUGGAGGUGAAACAUCUAGUUUUGUCUGGGCACAGCCUUCUCAGCAAAUGUCACGGGCUCUGCUUUUUGUUCCAGUAUGUGUUCUGUAAGAUACUCUGUAAUUGGAAGUGUGCUUCUGUAUGCUGCAGUUCUGACAAAAAUGCCUUUUUUUUUUUUUUAGGCUUUUUGGGUUUUUUUUUUUUCUGAUGACAAGUUGAAUAUUGUAAUUCAAAACUUGUAUAUAAAAUGAUGAAUGAUUUCAUAUGAUUCAGGAACGAGGAGUGUGGCUUUCUGAUACAGGAAACACGCCUUGUCGGGAAUCUAAUUAAUAAAGGCUGAGAGACUUCCACAAA